GAUUCACGUCGCAGCUUUUCAGUUCGCAUAGAAACUAGAAAAUCGUGGUAUUUUAAACCGAGUAUUAUUCUCAUAAUUUAUCAAUUACUUAUAAGUGUAAUUAUGUGCAAAUUUUUAUUUUACUUUGGUAUAAUAUAUUAGGAUAUGAUGGAAUUAAUUUAGCAAUUUAAUUUAAUUUAAAUGUGAUGCAAACUUCACAGCUGUUUUAGAUAUUCUUUAUUUAUAUAAUUAAAGAAUCUUUUGGUCAAAAUGUCUACGCGAAGAGCGAGAAUAAAAGCGGUAACAGCAUUACCUCCUAGAAGAAAAAAUGCACCUAAUUUAAAUAAUAAGCCAGAAAAAGAAAGCCCCAAAGUUUCACUUGUAUCAAAAGAAAGUGAAGAAGACAAUAAAAACACACAAUCUGAUAUUACUGAAAACGCCUCAACUACACCAAGCAUAGUUUGCAAUAAAUCCCCUAUUUUACCUACCAUUGACCAAAUAGAUGUAUCAUCGAAAACAUCUGAGUUACCUGCUACUCCUAAGCCAAGUAACUUAUUUGCUGCACCUUUAACAAGAAAUAGUCCAAAACGAUUUGCUUCUCCCAAUCUAAUAUCGCCUAGAAGAGAUGUAUCUAAAUGUAACACUCCUGUCCGGCAAACUAUACCAAGACAUCAUGAAUUCAAUCAAAACACAGAACUGCAAGUAACUAGUAAUUCAGUGAAUAGAGUACAACAAAACAGUAGAAUUGAAGUCUAUAAUGAGAAACCAGAAGCGACAGCAACUGCCAUGGAUGGCAUUGUUCCUCUACAACCAGCAGUUGGCCCUAAACCAAUAGAAAAGCUAAAGAACGAUAUUAUCUCAGAAAAUGCUGAAGUUCUAUUUGAUCCAAUAGUACCUCUGCCAUCUCCUAAUAAAUUACGGACAAAACUUCGUCCCGUGCCUCGGCUAGGGCCUAGGAGGAACAGUAUUCAGGGCAGCGCCAGUGAAUCCGAAGAUGAGAGCCGGCGUAGUCUUCUAAGUGGCGGAAACACUCCAGGACCCAGACAGAGGCAUGAUUCACAAUCAAUUCUACAGUCUAUGCUCAAUAGGGACGUAAGCCGUGUUAGGAAUGAGUCGGUAAGUUCCAGUGUGAGCCAAAUUGCAGGACCACAGAUGCCAGCAUCUCCCAUCAGAGAUAAGCCUUUAAAGGUUCGCCGUGCUCAAGAAGCAGCAAACAGGCGCGCGGCGAUGGCAUCUCGCCGCAAACGUCAUUGUAAGCGUGAAGACAUGACUAUGUAUGACCUCAUCUUUUACAACCCAACGGAAAAUCCUAUUUUGCCAAACGAAGACGAAAUGAAAGCGAAAAAAGAGAGUUUAAAAGAUUUGGAAAAGCAAAGUAUGGAUACUAUAGAAGAAAGCGUAGAUUCUGUUCAGGAAUCUGCGCCCGCGCCGCAAAUUAAACUUGGCCCCAAUGGCGAAAUUAUACUAGAUGAAUCUAGUUUGGUUAUAAAACAAACACAAAUCCAGAAAAUAUCUUCAAUAGUCCGUGAAGGGGCUUGGAUGCCCUCUCAAGGGAAAUACAAACGGGGCCCAAGAACAGCGAACUGGAGUGCCCCGGAGACAGUGAGGUUUUAUAGAGCCCUGGCCGCUAUUGGGACUGAUUUUACAUUGAUGGCGCCUCUGUUCCCUGAUAGGAGUAGAAAGGAUCUCAAGUUGAAGUUUAAAAAAGAAGAAAAAAUCAAUGGAGAGCAAAUUGAUAAAGCGUUGCGGUGUAGGUUCUCUUGGGACGCGAUGUCGCUCGCGGAAGAGUUUGAGGCGGAGAGAAAGGAAGCUAAGCGGAAAGAAGAAGAGGAGAAAAAGAAACAGAAAGAGUUGAUAGAGCAACAGAAGAAGGCGGAAAGAGAAAGACUGAAAGAAUUUAAAGGAGCCCGGAGAUGUAAAGCUAUGAAAGCGCUCGAAUGUGUACCGAGCACUGUGUCUCGGAAGAAAUUUACAAUCACCAACGCCGAUGAUCUUAUAGAACGAGGCAAGCAGAUAGAAAAUAACGUGAAAAAACGCUCAACACAAAAACAUACAAAGUCGUCUACUUUAACAUCCAAAGUGGCCAAAUCUCCUCUCACCCGCACACCAAUAAACGUACCAGCACAAAGCAAACGUCAAACUCCACUAAAAACCCCACUUAAAACCCCAAUGUCCUCUGACAUGGCACAUACAAGAAACGCAUCUAAAACUCCAGAUGUUGCCUUAAGAAACAUUCCCUCUAAUUUAGAAACCGGUUCGCUCAUAGUGUUGACUGUAAAUGACCCAAAAUCUCCGGGGAAAAAAAUGUUGCAAACAUACAUUGCUCAGGAGGAAGGUAUAUUAACUCAAGUGGCUCUACCGAGUGGUCUUUUGAAUUCAGUAGUAGGUUAUAUGAAGAAAGGUACCCCUAAAAGUACUGUGUCGAACAAUUCUUCGCCUAUUACUCCUAAUACGGAUAGAGUUGGUACUGGCCAAAGUUCUGAAAGGAAACGACAAGCUUCCUUCUCUAUAACAGAACUCUAGCCCAUAUUAAUUAGUUUUCUAAGUAUGAAUUUGCAAUUAAGAUUUUUAUUUAAAUUAUGAUUUUAUCUUUUAUUUAAUUUAGCAAAAUGUAUGAAAUGUUUGAUACGCCUUAACUGUAUAAUUAUGCUUAAAAAACAAUUGUUUUUGUACUCCAUACUCUUCUGAUAUAAUAAAUGUAAGAAAACAUGAGCCUUCAUUUGUAUCACAGCAAUUUGUCGUUAGUGAGUCGUUAGAGAUUUUAGACCCCAUUUCUGGUUCCCCAUAUGAAAAAGUAGCAAAAUAAAUAGUGUUAUUCUGUGCGGAAAGAGAAUUUGCUUCGCGCCAUUUAAUUUAUUCACAAAAAUUAUAUACAGUGUUAACUCUUUAUAACGAAUUUCAAGGAACCGAGAAUUUUUAUUCGGUAUAGAGAGACGUUAUAG